AUGGCUGGCCAUCAGGACUGGUACACCAUCAAGGGCAUGACGCACUUGGACAUCUGCCCUUGUUGCAUGCGCCAAAUUGGUGGCUCCCGGUUCCGUGAUCUCUUUAUUCCCAGCAUUCCUAAAGCCCGCGGUGAGAAUGUUCGCUGUGCCCUCAGCCAGCCAUGGGCACGCCUCGCAUGGGUCCAGACAAUGAAACUACAGCUCAACCACCUUGAGCUGCUCCAGCGCAUUACCCUUCCCCCAAAGGGAAGCCGCGCAUGCAGUGGUCGUAAACCCUCAGUGCAGUCUUGGUUCCGUCUUGAGGACCCUGAAACAGGCCGCAAUGUCACUGAUUUCAACGCCUGCUCCGCAUGCUUCCGCAACUUGCAAAUUCUCAUGCCCUCACUACGUGACGCCUUCCGCGCAGGCCCACUCGUCCAAGAGCGCAUUUGCGACCUCCGCAUCGACAGCCCACGUUUCGUUAGAUACCUCGACCUUCUAGAUGAAGCUGCAACACGCAGUUACUCCGCCCCCCGGGGCCGAUUGGACAUGCGCGAAUUUGUCAGAUAUGCUCGACGCAAGAGCAGCAUCCCCGAUUGCCCUCGGGGUCACUUUGCUACGGGACCAUGGCAUUAUAUCCCUGAGCUACCGGAAUUUACCAUCUGCGAGGACUGUUAUGAUGAUGUUGUCUACGAUCGUUCUCACACUGGUAUUGGCAAAAUGGUUUCGCGGACCCCACAGCUGGUCCCUGGGCGCAGGGAUCAGCAAUACACAUGCCAGCUGUAUAGCCCGCGUAUGAGAAUGGUGUUCCGGGAAGCUGUGCAGACUGGGGACUUCAAAUAUUUGGCCACAGCUGCGUUGCGCAGAUAUGAAGCGGAGAAUUUGUUCCGAGAACGAAAGCGGGCGUUGUUGGAUGAUGUGGCAAGGGGCUAUGAUAAGGAUGCGGAGUUGAGGUGGAAUGCGGAAGAUUGGAGGAGAUGCGAAUAG